AUGGCGCGUGCAUUCGGACGUCUCUCAAGCCAGUUCUACAAACUUGUUGUCUUGGGUCAUCGCUCACAGUUUUCUCAACCGACUGCUACUUACAGAUUGACUGCAUUUAAGUCUACCCUUGCUUCAGCUCGUCAACAAGAGGAACCAGAUCCGACUCCAGACAGCGAUGAUAAACCAAAAAGGAGUGUUACGAACAGAGUCUUAGAUGAAUACGGGCAUCCUUACGUCGAUUUAUCUUUCAAUAAUGCCGAAGAAGCUUAUCGAAGCAAAGGCAAUUUUGAGAUAAUCCGAUCGCUUCUUGUUUUUAAUCUUUGCUCCAUUAAUUACCUUGUCGACAAGAAUAAAGAGAUUCUGCGAGUCAUGCGAAAAAUUCUUGGCAAAACUCUGUUUGAGAAGGUGAUGAAGCUCUCGUUUUAUGGCCAUUUUGUCGCAGGGGAAGAUCAAAAUUCUAUUCGUCCUACAGUGGAGAAGAACAUGUCCUAUGGGGUGAAAUCUAUUUUGGAUUACAGUGUUGAAAAGGAUCUUUCAACUGAAGAAGCCAAAAAGGCAGAGAUGAUGAGCUGUGUAUCUGAUUUACCGUCCGCAGAACUAAAGGAUCCUGAGAUAAAGCGUUACCGUGCCCAUGAAGAAUUUGGAGACAGAAGAGAUAAAGUUUUUGAGGCCCGUACCUAUUUUUACAAAGAUGAAGAGGCUUGUGAUGAAAAUAUGAAUAUCUUUCUUGAUUGCAUUGAUGCAGUCUCAGGUGCAACAGAUGGAUCUGGAUUUGCUGCUAUUAAAUUGACUGCACUUGGACGUCCACAAUUAUUGCUGCAAAUGUCCGAGGUGCUUGUGUCAACACGUGCCAUGUUUGACCGGAUUGCUGGUCAUAAUGAUCAAGAAGUCGUUCUCAAAAGUUUUCGAGAAAAAGACUUCCGGAAAUCCCUUAAGGGCAUGGGCAUCCCAAUGAGUCGUGAUGAGACAAAGAAAUGGUUCACUUUCCUUGACAUUGGGCAGGAUGGUGAAAUCGACCUUCUUGACUGGGACAACCUUCUGGAAGUAAGCAUGAGUCUCCACAAAGUAUUCAAUCGUGUAAAUGUUCAGACUGGAGAGAUUGAACCUUUGGUGACAGCUCUCACAGAGGAAGAAGAAAAUCAGAUGAAAAACAUGUUGUACAGAGUCAACAAAAUUGCAAAGUAUGCAUCCCAACAAGGUGUGCGAGUAAUGAUUGAUGCUGAACAAACCUAUUUCCAACCUGCAAUUAGUCGUCUUGCCAUGGAGAUGAUGAGGAAAUUUAACAAAGACCGUGCUGUCAUAUUCAAUACAUACCAAUGUUACCUCAAAUCCACAUUAAACAACAUCAAGAUUGAUCUUGACUUAGCCAGACGAGAAAACUUCUAUUUUGGUGCCAAAUUGGUUCGUGGCGCUUAUAUGGAACAGGAGAGGGAACGUGCCAUGACAUUAAAUUAUGAAGAUCCAAUCUGUCCAGAUUUUGAAAGCACCAGUCAGAAUUACCAUCGUGUUCUUGAAGAAGUUAUGGAGACUAUUCCCAAAAGAGAACGUGGACAAGUUUCAGUCAUGGUUGCCAGCCACAAUGAAAAGACAAUCAAAUACACAGUAGAGGCAAUGAAAGCCCAUGGAAUCAGACCAGCUGACAAGCUUAUUUGCUUUGGACAAUUGUUGGGGAUGUGUGACCAAGUCAGCUUCCCUCUAGGUCAAGCUGGCUACUCAGUCUACAAAUAUGUCCCCUACGGACCUGUGGAGGAUGUAAUUCCUUAUUUGUCAAGACGAGCCAUGGAAAACAAAGGAAUUUUGACCAAAGUUAAGAAGGAGAAACAACUUCUUUGGCAAGAACUGAGACGCAGACUUGGACGUGGCAAACUGAUUUACAGACCAAGACCUAAUUAA